AGCGAUAGAAGUUAUUGUUCGAAUUUUAUAUUAAAAUUUUGCUUCAAAUAUAUUUUAUAUUCUACAUUUGACUGUGUAAAAUGAAAAUUAAACAUAUAAUUUAUAUACGACUGUACUAGAGAACUAAGCUAAGCAGCAAAAUAAUUUUCACAUAAGAUUAGUGUUGUAUUUAGUAUUUACAUUGUUGAAUGUUGAUGGGACCCUCAGUGUAGUGUACUAAGUCAAUAUAGUGAAUUAUUGUUAAAAAUGGGUGAAAGAGAGGAUUACCUAACUUCGUAUCGGGAAUUUUUUGAACAUUUUGCGGCGACAGUAAAACCCAAUGAUCAGCUACCAGUCCACAUUCCUGUCUAUCUUAUAUCAGAAGCCGAAAUACCUGGGGAUGUAUUUCACUGGAUUUACGAGUAUCUAGAAAGAUACAAAUGUCCGUCUUCAUUAUAUCUGCCGCUGCAGCGAAUAAUUCUGGCGGAGGUGCAAGCAAUAGUCAAGAAGAAUCCAAAUGAUUACAUAUUGGACAAGGGCAUGGAAGUGUACAGGCCCAUAGUCCUGAUGCAGACAGUGAUAGCACGCACGAACGACGUGUGUCUGCGGUACCUGGACAACUCGCAACUGGAUACGUUGCCGCCUCCACAGCCCGCCUUCCGCACUGUCUCAGCGGCGAUGAGGAACUCGCGCCGCGUCAUGGAGGACCGCCACACUAAUAUUGCCAACUUGGAGGCGCUUUUCGGUAUUGAGACAACGGAACCUACAAGUUUCUACGCAGUUUACGACGGGCAUGCCGGCACAGCAGCAGCACACUACUGCACGGCUCACUUACACCGGUUUCUGGUCGAGAGUCCGCACUUCACCAACAACUUGAAGAGAGCGCUGAGGGACGCGUUUCUUAGAACAGACGCCGAGUUCAUAAGGAAAAGUAAGCACGAGUGCCAGCUGUCGGGCGGCUCCACGGCGGUGGUGGUCUGCGUGCGCGGGCGCCAGAUGUUCGUGGCGUGGGCGGGCGACUCGCUGGCGCUGGUCGCUCAGCGCAUGCGCGUCAUGCAGCUGGUGUACCCGCACAAGCCCAGCAGGAAGGAUGAGAAAGAUCGAAUAGAACGUAUGGGCGGGUCGGUGUUGUACUACGGCACGUGGCGAGUCAACGGACAACUCGCAGUAUCGAGGGCUAUAGGUGACGCGAACUACAAGCCGUACGUGACGGCGCGGCCCGAGGUGGGCGUGCUGCCUCUGGACGGAGAGGAGGACUUCGUGGUGCUGGCGUGCGACGGGCUGUGGGACUUCGUCAGCGAAGACCAGGUGGCGCUCGCGGUGUACCAGCAGAUCGCCACUGAUCCAGAUGACUUGAAAGCGGUGACGAAGCUCUUGACGACUAGAGCGAAAGCACAGGGAUCUGAAGACAACAUCUCAAUAAUUGUGGUAUUCCUGAAAGAACCCCGAGAUAUCGCGAUUCAAAACUGCCCGCCCAUGGAGCUUGGGCUGGACAAUGCGGUGGUGAACGCACCGCCGCUCGCCGUGGAUGGCGACGCUCACAAGAAGCUGUCGGAAGCGGCGGGCGGGCCCGAGGUGGCCGACAACGGCGUCAGUGACGGCGUCAGUGACGGCGUCAGUGACGGCGUCAGUGACGGCGUCAGUGACGGCGUCAGUGACAGCGACAGCGACGACCUGGGCCCCGAGACCGCCGUCGACAUGGACGCCGACGACAACGACGUGGAGAUGAGGCUCCACGAGCCGGCGCCGCCCACCCCGCUAGCGCACACGGUGGAAGACAACCACGUCGACGGCAACCUUGUGGAUAAUGUAGGUGAGAGCGGCGACGAUUCGGAAGACGAGUGGAAUUACUUCAAAGGCGAAGGUGACCGAGAACAAAACCCCAGCGAAGAAGUGGACGAGCCGUUGCGCUCUGAAACACCGUGUCAGGAUAAUUCGGCCUGGGAAACAAGUUCAGUAGACAUGAAUAGUUCACCGCUGAAUCCUGAUGCACCAGUGUUUGUGCCUGGUAGUGUCGGCUCAGAUGUACUGUUAGCUGAGUCACCUCGGAAACCUCUUCCGAUGGAUGACAUUGAUGUGCCAGAUGAUGUCGACCAGUUUGAGACUGAAGCAGUUGUGCGGCCAGCCGAGUUACAGGAUUUGGAUAAUUGUGACCAACUUAAUGGUCAUCAUAAUAUUUCCAUAGAAGGUGUAACUGAGCAUCUGAAUGGUAAUGAUAAAUGUCAAAUGGACAGUCUUGGCUUUGGUUUCAAUGUUGGCAUAGAAUCUGAUAAAAUCAAGGACACUGCCAUACUACAAGACUUUGAAAGGAUACAAAAGGACACUACUGAUUUUUGCAACAUUCAGGUGUUCCAAACAAUGACCGAAACAAAUCCCUUUGGAAUUGAUGGGAAUGAUGAUUUUCUUGAAAGGCUUAAAAAUAAAGAAAGAGAUCCAAUGAGUAUGAGUUUUUAUCAAGAAAAGGAUGAUGAUACAUGUGAUAGAUUUAACAAGAAUAAUCCAAACGUUGAUCUGAAUGCUGUACAGACACUUCCUGAUAAUAUUGAUGACGAUGACUUGCAAGAAAAUAAUGUAUAUGAUAAUAUUAUAGAUAAUAAAGAAAACAUGGACCCUGAUCAAUCAGAUAUAAGUAACCAUCAAGAGCCAAAUAAUGACAUCAGAUAUGAUGGUGUGGCUAACAUAAUAACUAAUGAUUGUGCUACCGAAGACAACAUGAUUGAUAACAUAACUCAGUGUAACAAUAUGCAAAAUUAUACAAACAUAGAAUUUGAAUGUAAUAAUCAACACACAGAUAUUCUUCCCACAGAUACACCUGAAUCACAUAAAUUGUUAUUUGAACAAAUUCCAGAAAUACCUGAUGGUAAGAGUUCAGAGUUAGGCUUUGCAAAUGAUGAAUUAGAUCCACUAGAAAACGAGAAAGAGCAAAGAAAUAUUACACCCCAGUUUGAAGUUGAAGACAAUUUAAAACAAGAAUUUGACCUAGAAACAAAACAAGAUAUAGCUGAUGAAAACAAAAAUGAAGUUGAAUCAACCUUUAUUGAACAUUCCGAUUCAGUCUUAGACAGUGAACUCAUAACAGAAUCAGACAUUCCAAAGUCUUCUGAAUUGCCUUCUGUGCAUUCUGUUGAUACUGUUGAAUAUAAUGAUGAUUUGCCUGAAACUAAUGAUAAUAAGACUGUUGUUGAUGUACACCAGGCUCAACUUAAUUCUCAUGAAACUAAUUUAGAAGAAAAUGAACAAAGUGAUGACCUAGAUGUACCUAAGAUUACACUUGAAAGUGAUGACAUUGUUGCGCAUGAGUUACCCAAGUCACCAGAGCCUCAUAAUGUUUCAACAAAUUCACCAAUACCUAAUGAAUUUCAACAAGAAUUUGCAAUAAACACAGAAUUACGAGGUGACUCCCCAGUAAUUCAUUCAUCUGAAGACCUAGAGUUAGCUAAAUCACCUUCCGCUAGGUCUCCUGAACCUAAUGCUUAUGAUUUAAAUACAACAUCAGAACAGUCACCACUACAUAACUUCAACGAUUUAGAAGAACAAACAGAUAUAACACCUGCAGAGGUGCCCUUACCCAGUGCAUCACCUGCACCUGUAGAAUCUCAUGAUAUUCCUAUCCAGGCAGAAUUAUCUCUUCCAGUUGAAGAGCCAAUUGUAACUGAUACUAAUCCUGUUGAGGAAUCUAGCAUGAAAAAUACAACUUCUCUUGUGGAGGACUUGAGACCUGAGUCACCAUCUCCUUCAGUUUCCCCUCUACCAGCACAAAUAGAAUCAACUUCACCAACCGAAGAUAUAAAAUUAGAAGAAUCACAAAUUAACUUAUUACCUGAUGUACAAACAGAAUCACAAUUAUUAGUUGAUGCUGGUGAGUUAAUAGAUAAAGUCCAAAAAUCUAUGGAAGACUUACAUAAUGCGCCAUUAGUUGAUGCUGAUCAGUCUAUAGAUCAAGUCCAAAAAUCUAUGGAAGACUUACAUAAUGCGCCAUUAGUUGAUGCUGAUCAGUCUAUAGAUCAAGUCCAAAAAUCUAUGGAAGGCUUACAUAAUGCGCCAUUAGUUGGUGCUGAUCAGUUAAUAGAUGAAGUCCAAAAACCUAUUGAAGACUUACAUAAUGCGCCAUUAGUAUGUGCUGAUAAGUAUAUAGAUCAAGUCCAAAAAUCUAUGGAAGACUUACAUAAUGCGCCAUCUAAUGAUAUAGAAUAUGCUGGAGAACACAUAAGACUAUCACCUCUGCCAGCUGUAGAAUUAAGAAAUGAAUCACCACAACCAAUUGUUGAACAGACAGUAUCUCCCGUGCCUGAUUCUUGUCAGUUUAAUGAAUUUGUUGAAAGGCAAGAACCUACAACUGUAGACACAACAAUAUCUAAACUUGCAUCUCCACUUCCUGAGCCCUCUGAAGUUCUCCCAUACACAGAGAAUACAUUUGAGGCGCCAAUAGAAGAAGCCAAAGAAGUUCGCGAAGAUUCUGCGCCGGCUCCAGACGUACUACCAGAACAUGCGCGAUCAGAACUAGUCACGGAUAUUGAUAUUGGCAUUCCUGAAUCUCGGGCACAAGAAAUAUGUGUUGCCGUGACUAGUGAGCUUCAGCAAGAAGAAGAUAAAUUAGCAGCGACUCCGCCACCGACUCCGGCAGUGCAGCCCGCUGUCAGUGAUACACUCAUCGCAGCCCCGGUAGCAGCUGCAGCCGCAGUUGGCGCCGCGACGCUGGCAGUUAAGUCGAGCUCCGCAAAGAAAACGCCAACAACUCCGAUUUCAAGAACUUCAAAACCUACUCCCAAAUCAGACUCUAAAUUAACCACAUCUACGUCUAAACGUACAACAACUACUCCAAGGCUGACAGCUAAAUCACCCACUAAAACCCCAGUCUCUGCGACUAAACCUGCGCCGAAACCAAUUACUAAGCCAGCCCCUAAACCUGCGUUGCCAGCUAAGGCUGCCCCCAAACCACCAGUUGCUAAGGAGCCAGCAGUCAGCAAAGCUGCUCCUGCUAAAUUAGUAGCAGCACCCCGGCCUGCUACCAAACCCGCACCUAGACUGACUGUGGCAGCGAAACCAGCGCCUUCUGCUACUGCACCAAGGCCCAAAACAGCACUUUCAACUAAGCCAAGUACGACUGCAACAAGUAAGCUCAGUACCGCAGCGACAAGUAAGCUCACUACGACAACGACUACAAAACUUACCACGACAACAACCAAGACCACAAAAGUGCCGGCCCCGGCAGCUCCUAAACCGGCAACUAGACCUGUGGCAAGCAAACCAACUACUCUGACUAGUAAACCCAAGGAAGUGAAGGCUAAAGCUCCAGAAAAACCUCUUCAAAAUGGGGAUGUUAAAUCUGCCGCUAAACCCGCGCCCAGGCCUAUCACAAGACCUACCUCGGCUGCUGUUCCACCCAAAACAAGCACCACAAGGCCAGCUCCGCGGGCCCAUCUAGACAAGCCGACCAAGGAAAUAGUUAACAAACGUCUCACAGCUGAUAGCAAGACAGCUCCCUCAAGGACAGCACCUGCUAAGACCUCUCCCAUCAACAAGAAUGGUGUCAAGAGCGUGGCCAAGAGGAACGCGCCGGUCAAGAAGGAGGUCAUCACAAACGGCGUGAACGGCUCGGGGGAUGACGUCAUCAAACCGCCCCCCACUCCGCCGCCCUCUGACAACGCCCUUCUGCCCGACGUCAUCGCGUAACUGGCACACAUACAAUUCCUAUUAUUUCUGCUUGAAUUUGUGAUUUUUUCUAUAAGUAGUGCGCUAGCUACGAGGACGAACGAACGACAAAACAUUCAACAACAAUGUAUCGCGAUGUUGAAGGCGACCCGAGUUGUCGCGGCCCGUUUUAUAUUGAGAGAUCCGAGCACGCAGCUGGCGCGCCGCAGAUUAUUAUUAAGUGUAUGAUAGUUAAGUCGUUAGGUGCGGGAGGACACUCCCAACUUUUCUAAUUAUAAUUAUUAUAGUCGCUUUAUAGAUUCCAUGUUCGCGUUUCACAGAGUUGCUUCUUGUUGAAUUUAUGUUUAGUGGAAGUGAGGUGCGGAAAUAACCGACCGUUCUGCGAGCCGGUCUGCUGGUUUUUGUUAGGGUUUUGUAAAGCAACUUUGUGAAACGUUGAUAUCGUGAGUUGUGAACCGGCCACGCCGUGCGUCUACUUUUAAAGCCAUUCUGACAUGUUCAAUUUGUAAUGUACGCUUUACUUACUUUUUUCUUGCUUUCGUUAAUGUGAAUGUAUUUCGUUGAAUCCUUCCGCUAGUUAUUGGUAAUAAUAUGUAUUUUGAAGAGUAGACCGAGCGUUCCAACGCCGCGUUCAAUUUAUUAUCCUUUUAGAUUUUUUAUAUUACCGACGUAUAAUUGUUUUUGAAAUCUGGCUUUUUUAAUUUAUUCUCUAUAUAACCCUAUUUAAUAAAUUCGUAAGGAAAUGACUGAGAAAUGGUUUUAUUUAUGGACAUUUGGCUCCGACUGUAGGACCGUUUGCAUUACCAUUACCGCUACAAAUACUUAAUUAUGUCAAUGUUUAACUAAAAAUCAUGGUGUUACUAAAUAUGAAUAGAACAUUUUAUUGGAAUAAAUGGUUAUAUCACCCCUUU